AUGGCACAACAGCAGAGCAUAGCACGGUUCUUUGGAGGUGGAGCCAAUAAGCCUGCAAAGGCAUCCAGCCCUUCGAUCACCACCAUGUUGGCGUCUCCUAAGAAGAGAGCCACUGGUCAAACCGCGUCUCAAGAACCCAAGCGGGUGAAGACAGAGGCCAAGGAUGAGGGAGAGGCAGUAAAGGAGGACGUGGAAGUGACAGAGAACGACGUGAAGCAAAACGACGUGAAGGAAACCAAAAACGACACGAAUGACGCCACGAGCGCCACCAACAGCACCAACAGCGCCACAUCCACCACCUCCUCCAUGCCGUACGCCAGAGUCACGGCUGUGUUCGAAAGCAUCGAGCACGAGUCCUCCAGACUCAAAAUCACCGCCCUCGUGGCAGACUUCUUCUUGCACAUCUUGAACACCUCCACGCCAGAAAACCUCACCAAAAUCGUGUACCUCUUCAUCAACAGGUUGGGUCCCGACUACGAGCCGGACUUGGAGCUUGGCUUGGGCGAAACCUUGCUCAUCAAGGCCAUCAGUGAGUGCUACGGAAGACCCCCAGCCAAAAUCAAGAAGGACUACCAGAAAGUGGGUGAUUUGGGGCUUGUGGCCCAAAACUCCAGAUCUGGCCAGCCUACCAUGUUCAAGCCGGUUGCCUUGGACGUGGAUACCGUUUUCGACAAUUUGACCAAGAUAGCCAAGUCCACAGGUAAGGACUCGCAAGCCAAAAAGAUCGCCUUGAUCAAAAAGAUGUUGACUGCGUGUGACUUGAAGUCCAACGAGGCUAAGUUCUUGAUCAGGUCGUUGGAAGGAAAGCUCCGUAUUGGUUUGGCGGAAAAAACUGUAUUAAUUGGGUUGGCACAGGCAUUUGUUGCCUACGAAGGCUCCUCUAAAGUGGGUAAAACCAUCAAAACUGCCAACACUGCCACUGCUGAGGAGGUGGUGCGAGAAGCAUUCAGUCAGGUGCCAAAUUACGAGAUUAUCAUCAAACAUGCGUAUGCCCAUGGAAUCUUCAAUCUUUUGGAUCAUUGCCAAUUGACUCCUGGCAUCCCGUUGAAGCCGAUGUUGGCCAAGCCAACCAAGUCCAUCAGCGAGGUCUUGGACAGAUUUCAAGGUGAGGAAUUCACCUGUGAAUAUAAGUACGACGGAGAAAGAGCACAGGUCCAUAUGUUGAGCGAUGGGCUGGUUCGGAUAUACUCAAGAAAUUCCGAAGACAUGUCCCAGAGAUAUCCGGAUUUGAUCUCGAUUGCCAAGGACUUCUUAAAAAAACAGGAAGGUGCAGACAAUAAUGUGUCGUCCAUGAUUUUGGAUUGCGAGGCAGUAGCAUGGGACAGAGUGAAUAAGAAAAUCCUACCUUUUCAGGUCUUAUCCACCCGUAAGAGAAAGGGUGUGGAUGAGAAGGACAUAACGGUGCACAUCUGUUUAUUUGCGUUCGACUUGCUCUAUCUUGAUAACGUGUCUUUGAUCACUAAAUCCUUGAAAGAAAGGAGACAGGUGAUGACAGAAAACUUGAUUCCAAUCGAAGGUAAGUUCCAGUUUGCAACUGCCAAAAAUUCCUCAAACUUGGACGAAUUGCAGCAAUUCUUGGACCAGUCGGUUAAGGAUGCUUGUGAAGGGCUCAUGGUGAAGAUGUUGAAUGGUAAUGAAUCUUACUACGAGCCAUCCAAAAGAUCUAGAAACUGGUUGAAGCUCAAGAAAGACUACUUGGCAGGUGUGGGUGAUUCUUUGGAUUUGGUGGUCAUUGGUGCUUACAUUGGCAAAGGUAAAAGAACCGGUUCCUACGGUGGGUUUUUGUUGGCGUCCUACAAUUCCGAUACUGGCGAAUACGAAACUACUUGCAAGAUCGGAACAGGAUUUUCUGAUGAGGACUUGGUACAAAUUCAUGCCAAAUUGCACCCUACUGAGAUCAGUCAGCCCAAGCCAUAUUUCGUUUACGACACCACCAACUCCAAUGCUAAGCCAGACGUUUGGUUUGAACCAUCGAUGAUUUUUGAAGUUUUAACAGCAGACUUAUCGUUGAGUCCGAUUUACAAGGCUGGACACCAACAGUAUGGCAAGGGUAUUUCGCUCAGAUUUCCUAGAUUCCUCAGAAUAAGAGACGAUAAAGGGAUUGAAGAUGGAACGAAUUCCGAACAAGUGGCCGAGUUCUAUGAAAGACAAGCGAAUAUUAACUAG